AUGGCCUCCGCAAACACAGGCCUAGGCAAUCCAGAAGACUUGGGCUGGUACAUCGCCUUACUCGCUUCAUUUCAAGUGUCUAGGCGCGACGCGCAGCACAUUGAGGACGCCAAUCGGGAGUUCCGGUUUGACCCUGAACAGUAUUACAAGAGCGACGCGCACGACACGAACGACACUGCACACUACUGGGCGGGUAGAAAUGACCCAGAGGAGCUGUCCGGGCCCUACUUCGGGCUGCCGUGGAAGCACGCGCUCAAGAAUGAGCGCUCCUUCGUUCUCGGGUCACUGGACCGGGAACUAGGCGACAAGUCCAAGUGCGCGUGCGACUUCCAGCUCGCCGACAGCAACGCCAACGGCUCGAGGGGUGCUGAACUGAACUGA